UUUUAUUAUUAGAUGGCUUAAAAAUUUAAAGAGAGGUUACUAUAAGGUAUGAGAUUAAUAAUCAUAUUUAUAGGUACUGGAGUGUCAAACAAGAAAUUUGAAUCUGAUUAUGCAAUGAAAUUGAUGCAAAAAAUGGGAUGGAAUUAAGGUUAAGGACUUGGUAAAAAUAAAGAUGGUUAAACAGAUUGUGUAUAAAUAGAAAGAAGAGCUGAUCAAUUAGCUGUAUUAAAUAAAUAUAAAUAUGUAGCUUGGAGCAUAAUAAUACAGUUUAGGAUAAAGUUGGAAUGAUUUGUGGUGGGAAUAAAGCUAUUCAAGCAGUCUUAAGAAUCUUAAACCAAUUUCUUCUAAAAAUGUAAUUAAUAAUUUUAUUGAUAGCUUCCAUUACCAAUAUCAUCAGAUGAGGAAGACAAAUUUUCAGAUUAUGAAAAACAUAAAAUUAAUCGUUCUUAAAAAUCAAAAACAUAUGCAUAAUCAGCUAAAAUUUUAAAUGAAUAAGAUAGUGAUUCAGAAAAUGAUACUUUCAUUGCUAUAUAAAAGAAAAAAAUAAAAAAGACAAAAUGAUCAUUAUUAAACCAGAAUUCAGAAAUCUAUAACUUAUUUACCCU